CAUGAUGCAAUUCUGGCAAGUCUGAACAACAAGUUCUAUCAAGUCUAUCUGGAAUUUAUGGACUUUAAUUUAGGCAGAUUUGUGUCUUUCAACUUGCUGUUCCAGAGUGAAAUGCCACAGCUUCAUCAGCUAAAAGGUUCAGUGGAUAGUCUCAUUAAGGCUAUGUGUCUUGAUUUUAUGGAUGUAGAAUAUAUCAGAAGCAAAGAUGGUCUGGAGAUUGAUCCAUGCAAAAAAGACAAGCACCUGUCUCUGGAUAAAGUUUAUCUCGGUGUUUUAGCAACAGAUACCAUGGCUACCAUUAGAGAAGAGAUUGGCAGUAGUGAUCCAAGUAUUACUCUUGUUUAUUCCCAGUGUCAAAAGUUCUUGAUUGAGGCUGUGAAGCAAAUCCAAUCCCGAUUCAGUGAUUGCUACCAACUACAUAAUCUUGUUUCUUGCCUUCUACCAAUAAAUGCUUACAAUUUGAAGAUUCCUUCAUUAAGUGGACUAUAUAGGAAAAUGCCCAUCCUUGAAGAGGUUGCUGAUUUGCAAAAAGUAGACCAAGAAUGGAGAAGUCAUUCUAUGAAUCCCAAGUUGAAUGAAGAUCUCACCCCAGAGGAAUACUGGCAAAUUGUUUUUCAUGAAAGAAAAUCAGUAAAUGAACAUGAACUUGCCAGACCAAAUUUAGUCAAAGUCCUGAAAGUUUUGUUGUCACUACCAUAUUCCAAUGCUGGAGUUGAAAGAGUGUUUAGCCAAUUAAAGUUAAUCAAAACAGACCACAGAUCUUGUUUAAAGCAAGAAAGUUUACUGGCUUUAUUAACAACAAAAUUAACUCUUUUGAAAUCCAACAACUCAUCUGUAAAACUUGUACCUUCAAGGGACAUGCUUAAUCUUCACAAGAAAAUGGUGACUAAUGCUGACAAUGAUGAUGUCAACCAGCUAAGGAAAGACUUUUUAAAAAAGAUGAACAUCGCAUGAUGGGGCAGAUUGAUAUAAAAUACAUUAGAAUUACUGCCAUUUGGCAUACCGCAUUUGUGUUCAAGCUUGAAGGAAAUGAAGCAUGCAAAAUAUUUUGCGUUUGUUUAGUUUAAACAACGUUUCGGGGGGUAAUUAGACACGUUUGGCCAAUGACAUAGGGCCGAUAUUGAUCAUUGAUUCUUUAUGAGGAUGUAACUAUGCAGACAAUUAAGAAUUUUUUUGUUGCACAUUGUUUAAUAUAUUUGGUCAUCAUGCUGCAUGCACCUGAUUUGUAUGUCAAAACUGUUGAUAUUUAAUUAAAGCUUAAAAGUUAAUGAAUGAGA